GGGAGGAGGCCGGGGGUCGGGGUCGCCUGGGCCCCCCCCCAUUUCCCGGCCCGCCUUUGCCCCGGCUGCCCUGUGGGCUGGGUCUGUUGUCUGGGGUUGCCAGCAGUCACUGGGACCAAGUCGAAUGGGAGAGAGAACUGAGCUCUCCAGGACUGAGUCAGGAAACACGUUGGUAAUCAGUACUGGGGGCGGCCGUUCCCAGGGUACUCCUAGCAGGUGACAGGAAGGGACGUGGGUGCGGUGGGACCCAUGCAGGCUGAAAGGCGGGUAAUGCUGAGUCUCACUGAGCCAAGGAAGACCAGGAGCUUCCAGAAGAGGGAGCCUGGAGUUGAGGCCUGCAAGAUCUCCAGGGUUCCCUGGGGACUCAGCAGAGUGACCGCGCCGUGUCAACUGGCCGCACCGUGCAGGCGGGUGUGGGGGUCAGCGAGAGCAGACGCCUCCUCCCAGGGGUGUCCGCAGACUGCCCAGAGGGCAGCCGCCUCACAGAUAUCUCCAUUUGCCGGGAGAUGCCCAGCCUGGAGGUGAUCACGCUCAGUGUCAACAGCAUCUCCACCCUGGAGCCUGUGAGCCGGUGCCAGCGCCUGAGUGAGCUGUACCUGCGGAGGAACCGCAUCCCCAGCCUGGCUGAGCUCUUCUACCUGAAGGGGCUGCCGCGUCUGCGGGUGCUGUGGCUGGCCGAGAACCCGUGCUGCGGCACCAGCCCCCACCGCUACCGCAUGACCGUGCUGCGCACCCUGCCGCGCCUGCAGAAGCUGGACAACCAGGCUGUGACGGAGGAGGAGCUGUCCCGUGCACUGAGUGAGGGAGAGGAGAUCACUGCGGCCCCAGAGAGAGAGGGCACAGGCCACGGCGGCCCCAAGCUAUGCUGCACACUGAGCUCCCUCAGCUCCGCUGCUGAGACUGGCCGGGACCUGCUGGACAGCGAGGAGGAGGCAACCAGCGGCGCCCAGGAUGAACGUGGCCUGAAGCCGCCUUCCCGGGGCCAGUUUCCUUCCCUCUCAGCCAGGGAUGCCUCGAGCAGCCACAGGGGCAGGAACAUCCUGACUGCCAUCCUGCUGCUGCUGCGGGAGCUGGACGCAGAGGGGCUGGAGGCCGUGCAGCAGACUGUGGGCAGCCGGCUGCAGGCCCUGCGUGGGGAAGAGGUGCAGGAGCACGCCGAGUGACCGCAGGACCUGAGCGCCGCUCCACCCUCCACGGGGACCCCAGCGUCUUCCCCAGCCCCCGGGAGCUGGAGGGUGGCUGCCACGGCCGCAGCCCCGGCCCCACACAAAAGCCUCCCCGGUUUGCCACAUCGGCCGAGGGCAGGAGUGGGUGUUAGGUACUGGCUAACCGGGGCGGUGGAGAUGCCUGUCCACACCAGUCCUGUCCCCAGGACUCCCCUUCUGUGGUCUGGAGGUUCUAGGCUGGCCUGGGCUCUUAAAGGGAGGAUUUUGCAGGCUGUCCUCCCUAAUAAAAGAUUUUCCCAAGGUUGA